CAUAGUCACCGUAGUCCUGGCGACUGUAACUCACCAACAACAACAACCUCUCGUUCCAUCAUUACCACCACACCAUCCUCAUCAACCAGUCUUCAGCCCAGGCGCCAUGCAGACCCCUGAGGCAGGCGCUGACUCCGCCUCCACUGUCCAUACCGCCGUGCCUGUGCAGCCCGCAGGCUCCGCCCAGCAGGUGACCUCUCAGGUGCCUGUCCAGCAACAGGCCCAGACUGUUCAACAGGUUCAGCAUGUAUACCCAGCACAACAGGUGCAGUACGUGGAGGAGAACAGUGGCGUCUAUACCAAUGGGAACAUACGAACAUACUCGUACUCCGAGCCCCAGCUGUACAGCCAGAACAGUGGAGGGAGCUACUUUGACACGCAGGGCAGCUCUUCCCAGGUGUCCACGGUGGUGUCAUCCCAUAGCAUGGCUAACAACGGAGGGGGGAACGGGGGGCUCACCAUGAGUCUGGCUGGGGGGCAGAUCAUCAGUAGCUCUGGGGCCUACCUCAUUGGGGGCAACACCAUGGACAACUCUGCCCCCCACCCAGCAGCCCAGACCACCCGAGCCUCCCCGGCCACUGUGAGUAUUGAAAUGGCGAUUGAGACGCUCCAAAAGACUGAAGGUUUAUCCAGUCAGAGAAGCUCGCUGCUCAACAGCCAUCUGCAGUGGUUACUGGACAACUAUGAGACAGCGGAGGGGGUGAGUCUGCCUCGCUCCACCCUCUACAACCACUACCUGCGCCACUGCCAGGAGCAGAAGUUGGACCCGGUCAACGCUGCCUCCUUUGGCAAACUCAUCCGCUCCAUCUUCAUGGGGCUCCGCACGCGACGCCUGGGCACACGUGGGAACUCAAAGUACCACUACUAUGGGAUCCGGUUGAAGCCGGACUCUCCUCUCAACAGACUGCAGGAGGACAUGCAGUACAUGGCCCUCAGACAGCAGCCUGUCCAACAGAAACAGAGGUUUAAGCCGAUGCAGAAGGUUGAUGGUGUGUCUGGGGAGAACUUCUCAGGCGGAGGCCAGCACACCCCCAGUGCAGCGGAGCAGACCGUCAUCGCACAGAGCCAGCACCACCAGCAGUACCUGGACGUGUCGCGGGCGCUGCCAGACUUUGUGGAGCUGGACCUGGGAGAGACCAACAUGGACAACAUCGGCCCAGAUGACGUCAAAGCUCUCCAGUCACUGUACAGAGAGCACUGUGAGGCCAUUCUGGAUGUGGUGGUGAACCUCCAGUUCAGUCUAAUAGAGAAGCUGUGGCAGACUUUCUGGCGCUAUUCCCCUUCUGACUCAGUGGAGGGCGCCACCAUCACAGAAAACAGUGGUGUGAGUGAGAUUGAGGGCCGUCUGCCCUGCUCCAGGCUGCUGGUGCUCUGUAGGAACGAGGCUGUGCUCAAGUGGAUGAGUUCCUGUGACCACCUGAUGUACCAGGCCCUAGUGGAGAUCCUCAUCCCUGAUGUCCUCAGACCCAUCCCCAGUGCCUUGACUCAAGCCAUCCGCAACUUUGCCAAAAGCCUGGAAGGCUGGCUCAACAAUGCCAUGAACACCAUUCCACAGAGAAUGAUCCAGACUAAGGUUGCCGCUGUUAGUGCCUUUGCUCAGACGCUGCGUCGCUACACUAGUCUGAACCAUCUGGCCCAGGCAGCCCGGGCCGUGCUGCAGAACACCUCCCAGAUCAAUCAGAUGCUCAGCGACCUCAACCGCGUCGACUUCGCCAACGUGCAGGAGCAGGCGUCGUGGGUGUGUCAGUGUGAGGAGGGCAUGGUUCAGAGGUUAGAGCAGGACUUCAAGGCCACCCUGCAGCAGCAGAGCUCUCUGGAGCAGUGGGCUGCCUGGCUGGACAACGUGGUCACCCAGGUCCUACAGCCCUUCGAGGACCGGCCCAGCUUCCCCAGGGCCGCACGACAGUUCCUGCUCAAGUGGUCCUUCUACAGCUCCAUGGUGAUUCGGGACCUGACCCUGCGCAGCGCGGCCAGUUUCGGCUCGUUCCACCUGAUCCGCCUGCUCUACGACGAGUACAUGUUCUACCUGGUGGAACACCGCGUCGCCCAGGCAACCGGCGAGACACCCAUCAGUGUCAUGGGAGAAUUUGAAGACCUCAACGCCAUGUCACCUGCUAACAUAGACAAAGACGAGAUGAGUGAGAUGGACAGUGACCUGGAGGAGGACAUGGAGGAGUCUGGGGAGCCGCUGGCCAAGAGGGAGAAGGCUGAGGUGGAGCAUGAGCACCAGGUGAUCCAAGUAAUCCAGGUGGGGGCUCUGGAGGACGGCAGUAACCCUGUGGUGGGGGUGCUCCAGCCAGGCAUCCUGCACUCCCUGCCCCAGCCCCCCCAGAACCGCGCUGAGCACAUCCUCACCCCGUCCGCCGGCACCCCCACCAUCCGCCACUGCAGCGCCACCGGCAACACCUACGCCUCUGUCUGAGAGGGAGACGCCCACCCUGGGCAACCUCUCUUAUCUCUGUCGCUCUAUCUGUCUCUGUGUCUCGCUGUCACACACGUCUGCACUGUCCACUCUGUCAUACGCUGUGUCACACACUCCUCCCUCCCUCCACCCUGACCAGUAGGGGAGCUUGAAAAACAUCAUGACCACAGCUGGCGUCACACAGUGGAGGGAUGAGUAGAGCUGCUGGGGAGAGUCAUGUGGACGGGCUGCCUCUGUCUACUGUCAUCCCAUGUGUCUGUCCUCGGGGAGGGGUGGCUGGGUCAGGAAUGGGGAUUGGAAAGGGGGGUGGGGGUUGAUGAGAUGCUGCCAUGUACAGACGUGAGACACUGACUGACCCUAGCUGUGUAGAGGGGAAGGUCCCCUUACUGAGAGAUUAUCACACAUAUUUACUGAUGCUUAAAAGCUCAAAUCCAAGCUACCAGCCCCAGAAGAGCAACGUCAUUGAUUGACAGAAAACACUUGGUUCUCUCUUAGAUUGGGUUGUUUAGUAUAUAUCUAAACAACCACAUAGGUGCUAUUCUCUUACAAUACCAGAUGUUCAGACAGAAUUCAGUUGAAUGACAUAAGAUUCAUUACUUUUUUUAGAAUAUUUCGAAGCUUUGUUUAGAUAUGACAUUUGGUGGAUUAUGAUUGCUUAAUGCUUGUAACGUGACCGUUGUUUGGCAUCCUAUGAUUUAUUGAAGAGUAUAUAAUGGUAGCCAUGAUCCCCUGAUAAGCACUAAUGGCUUUUAGCCGUGAAGCUAGUUCUGUGCAUGAAGAAAGACAUUCUGUUAUCUAUGCUAGAGAGAGAGAGAGAGAAAGAGAGAGAGAACCACUUGUACAACACUGGCUUUUCUACGCACUUCAUGCAUAGUGUGGGGUGCGCUUGACUUAUGGCCUUGGUUUGGUUGGAUUUAGAUGCUCGCUAGUGUGACAAAAUGACAUUAGUUGGACUUAUAAUCUACUGAUAUGUUCUCAGUACAGUAGGUGUGUUUUUUUUUGUAGUUAUAUCUUGGUAGAUUUCUUAAGUUCUGAAUGGACCAAAAACCAACCAACCAGAGGAAACUGGCAGAGAGCUAGAGAGCCAUCAUGGCCGCCACAGUGACCACGGCGAGGCUGCUGCGUGUUCUGUUUCCUGUCCCAACAGUGCCGUGUUGCAGAGCAGAGUGAAUGUCAGGGAUUCUAUGUACCUCGGCUUCAUCGUAGUGCCUUAAUAACCCUUACUGCAGCUGUCCAUGUAGUCCUGACAUUGUGUGGUUGAGGGGAAGGAUAGCACACACACACACAGCUCCUCUGCGUUACUGUCCCAGCCACAACUUUGGCUCUCUCUGGUGACUUGUGGCUGGAUUUGGGCUGGCUCAGCAGUGUUACUGCAGGGCUGGGGAGAUGCAGGUUCAGAGGUGCUUGUUUGUUCUCUGGAUUGUGCUGGUUCUAUGAAAUGUUUUGUUUGUUUGUACCUGCUCUCACUCUCCACAUUGUGUGAAGUGUGUGUGUGCGUGCUAUUGGGUGAAGUGUGUGUGUGCAUGUGCAGAUAGGAGGACUUGAUUGAGAUGAUGAUUGUUGAUUGUGUGCGUGGCAUUGUUGUGUGCGGAUGAAUGCAUGUGUGUUUGAGCACACCCACUAGUCACCCUACCUCACCAGCGUUGCCAGCCCUUUGACACAUGCAGCACAGUCACCAAACUUGUUCUCAGACACAUACACUCAUAACCGUACUACUCCUUCAACACAUCACACUAACACUAUACAUGCCUUUUGCACCACACACAGCUAAAAUACACAUUCUCAUUUCAGCCCCUUCAGUUCAUAGUCCACAAUGUCAUCACCCCUUAUUCUAUCUGUUCUAAAGUGCAUAUUUGUAUAGUGGACCAAAAGUAGAUAUUUUCUGAUAUUUUAAAGAUAUAUAAGGAUGAUACAAUGUAUUAAUUUUUGUUUGUUUUGUUUUCAUGUGGUUGAUCUAAUUGUCAUCUGUGGUUGUUUCUUUGGUAGCUCUUCUGUGAUUGGUUGAUUUGACUGUGAAAUGGGUGGGGGCAUGGGAACCAGCUUCUCUGACCACACUGGAUACACAUUUUGUACUUGAACUGUUAUUGAUAGCUUUUAGGAAAUGGAAAACACACAGGCAAAAUGUGUUGAACUGAAAGAAUCUUGUUGAUACUACUGAAGUUACUUUUCUGUUUUUUAACUCUCAUCGGGAGAACUGUCUGCACCAAUGCUUUGCCUAGUCUUCAUUUAUUAGUAUUUAUAGUACUUUUGUUUUACUAUUUGAGAAAGUAUUCUUAAGUUAUGCACAUGUAUCCAUGCUUAAACCAGUCCUGAAAAUGGAAUUAUGACUUCUGAAGAAUUUUACUGAGAAACAAAAUGUACCUGCAAAAGGACUGGAAUAAUGUUUUCAGGGGACGUGGAUUUAUUUGAUAAACUACAUUUUCUUUACAGGUAUAUGGUACUUUAUGAGAAAGGGUCAUUCUACUGGUAUUGCCUUUCAUUCGUUUUCACGGAAGAUAAAGUGCAUUCACUUUAAACUGAAGGUCAUUGACCUUGCUUACAGGUAAUAGAAGGCCUUGGGCAUUUGUUUACAUGCCAAACUCUGACCUCACAGAAAUUACAAGAUCUUACUUAAUGACUGUACUGUCACCCAACAUGCCGUUAGAUAUGGCUCUUGGACUUUGACCUUUUUUGUCAUGAAAAUACAGAAAUGUUAAGAUUAAUUGUGUAUUCAUUUGUGCCUGGAGUGCAAACAGCUUACAGGUGUGCUUUAGAAUCUUGAAAGUGCUUUUUCUGGUCUUGCAUGACUUUUUUGUGCUGCUAGAAUCUAUUGGUUUAUCUAAUUAGUUUAUUUUGUUAAAUGUGCCAGACAGUAAAUGCUGUAUUCACUCUGUAACCUCAUCAAAUCUGCCUGUUUUAACACUGGAUUCAAGCCAAUGCUGUCAACACAAAUUAUGUUUUAGUCAUAGUUGACCAUUCACAAAAAGUCUUACAUUUAUAUUUUAGGGCCUUCCCUUUUUGGUUCCUUGAUAAUUGAGCCCAUUUCAAACGUAAUAGGUUAGAUCCAGCAACUACAACAAAAAACUGAAAAGGAAAAAUUCUUCACAUCCUGCAAAACAUAUCAGCUGCUCUCAAACUAUGUCAGUUGGGAGGGGUGAGAAUAUGGCAGCUUCACUGAUCCACAAGAGACCCAGUGCCUUUGAUUUUGCCCAGACAGGUGGGCCUACGUCUCUGGUCUGACUCCAUGGUUACAAAUGCAGGCUCUUUAGAUAGACUUUCUAUAGUAGUGAGGUGAAAAUGGCUGCUCACGUGGAGAGGAGGGAUCGUACAGUUCUACCCUUGAUCCUGACCUCCUCCAAACUAUGACUACUGUCACUGACCAAUGACCACACAUGACAGUUUACAAUGGGUGGAGCUUGCUCCAGAUAUUUGCUGUUGGACUGAGCAUUAGGAGAGAACUACUAUUGUAUAGAUUUACUGUAUCACAAAACUAACAAAGAUUGGAGUGUAACUGGACUGGAAUAUUUGCCAAUAGCAACACUGUACUAUCA